AUGGAUGUCGCCAUAUCUGCAGUUGCAAGCGAAUUUGUUAGCCGCUUCAUCUCCUUCCUGGUAAACAAGUACUCCUACUCAAGCCAUGUCCGAUUGGAGGAGAAGGUGGAGAGGUUGCAGAAUCUCCUAAUGAGAGUACACAUGAUCGUUGAAGAGGCAGAUGGGAGAUACAUCAUGAACUCCAGGAUGGUGAUGCAGCUACAGUUGCUUUCAGAGGCCAUGUACCAAGGCUACCAUGCUGUUGACACCUUCAGGUACCAAGGUUUGGAGGACAAAGGCAUCAACGAGGUUUGCAACUCAUCUGUUUUGCCUUUCGCCAUUCCUCUUAAGCGUACUCGCACAAUUGCAUGUACAAGAAAGGACAAAGUAGUGAACCUUGAGUUAGAUGGUGCCUUGGAAAGCAUGCAAAGUGUUGUGGAUAACAUGAUGGAGUUUGUUGUGCUUUUGGGUGGAUGUGACCGCAUGGUGCGCAGACCUUAUGAUUCAUAUCUUUACUAUGAAAACAUCAUGUUUGGACGCCAUGCCGAAAGGCAAACACUCUUGAACUUCUUGUUGCAACAGAACCCACCAGGUGAUGAACUAGCUGUUCUUCCGAUCAUAGGUGGUCGCACAGUGGGCAAGAAAACGUUGGUUGCUCACGUCUGUAGAGAUGAGAGGGUGCAAUCGCGCUUCUCUUUGGUUUUGCACUUGAGCGGAGAAAACCUUUUGAAAAUUCUUGAGCAUGAAAGUACCAUCUUAGGGGAAAUGUUGGUAGUUGUUGAGUUUGCUACCAAUGUAGAUGACAACGACUGGAGAACAUUCCACUCAUUUGUCAAAAGGUUGGCCACAGGUAGUAAGGUGAUCAUCAUAAGUAAACUUCAAAGGUCAGCCAGAUUUGGAUCAGUGAAGCCAAUUUUUCUCAACAAUCUGUCUUAUGAGGAAUUCUCUUACCUCUUCAAGACACUGGCAUUUGGAAGUGCAAACCCGAAAGAACAUCCACGUCUAGUACCAAUAGCACAAGAAUAUGCCAAGGUGUUGCACAUGGAAGAGUCACUUCUCAUCGUAAAUACAUUUGCAAAUGUAUUGAGGAACAACCUGAAUGUCCGCUUUUGGCUUUGCCUAUUUACUAAGAGCAGAAGAAUGAUUGAAAGGAACCUCUCCAUAUAUGGUGUGGAUCUGAAAAUACAUAUGGAACAAGGUUAUCCACUUCACUUAACAGAUUAUGCUUUGAAUCCACUGCGUGCGAUACCUUACUCAGCUACAGUCCCAAGGAAGAAGGAACUACCAAAGGUGACACUCGGGGAGAUCCUAGAAGAUCCCAGUGUUAAGCCAAAAGGGGAGUUCAAUUUAGUGAUCUGGGAAUCAAGGAUUCCUCCUUAUAAUUCAUCCUCUUACUUUGUUCCGGACUGGGUUCAGGAUACGCCUGAAGGUACCCCUGUCUCAGGGAGGAAGCGACGAGGACUCCAUGUAUAA